AUGCGGCGGCAGCAGGGAAUGCGACUUGAUGAGAGGUACGUUCCGUACUUGCAGAUGGCCGGAUUGUACCAUCUUGCGAGACUGAACGACAGAUGGUUCCGAUUAGACGAGCCGCUUGUGAGUGCAUUCGUCGAGAGGUGGUGUCCGGAGAUGCACACUUUUCACAUGCCAUUCGGAGAGUGCACGAUCACACUUCAAGACGUGGCAUACCAGUUGGGGUUGCCAGUGGACGGACAUUAUGUCAGCAGUUGCCUGACAGAUUUCCACGUAUACAUACAGAGUGGCCGGCCAGCUUGGCAGUGGAGACUUUUAGAGAGUGCCCCGAGGGGGGCCGAUGAGGCGACAGUUAGGCGCUAUGCCUGUGCCUAUAUCAUGAUGUUGUUGGGCACCCAACUGUUUGCUGACAAGUUAGGCAGUCGUAUUCACAUCAGAUGGCUACCGUACGUGGCUAGACUUGAGGAGAUGGGUGGCUACAGUUGGGGGUCGGCGGCACUUGCAUGGUUGUACCGGUGUAUGUGUCGAGUGGCCAACAGACAUGUCGUGAACUGGCCCAUGGCCUCCAGGUGGUCAGGUUACAAUCCUGGCGUUAGCGAGAAGGGACCUCGGGUGCAGAUGACUCGGCUGAGGAUCGACAUGUUACAGCCUAAGGAUGUGAGUAUGCAAAAAACCUUUGCGGAGUGA